AUGAUAAUUAAUUUCAUUAUGCUGGGUCAUGGCCACAACAAGUCUGAGAUUGUUUGGGAGAGUUUCGCUCAUCCGACAGAUACAUGGUUGCCUGGCAUGAAGAUGUGGAAAGGCAUGCGGAUAACCUCGUGGAAGAGUUCUGUAGAUCCUGCAAUUGGGCUUUACUCUAAUGGAAUGGAUAUGUCCCCAGGAAGCACGCAGAUGUUAUUGAUGUAUAACAAAAGUGUUCCAUAUUGGUCCACUGGAGGGUGGACUGGGAGUUAUUAUAGAAACGCUCCGGAGGCCUAUGCUCCAAACAGAUUCGAAAUGUCCUGUGUGAGGAUUUCUCCUUCAAGAAUAUACUAUAAUUAUAGCGUAUUCCGGUUUGGAAAUACCUUCACAGGGCGGGUCGUUAUAGAUUGGAAGGGCGAAUCACAUGUUUACUACUUGAUGGAUGAUGGUAAUUGGAUUCAGGGAUGGUCCUCAUACCGAGGUAAAUGCAGUGACUAUGAUAUCUGCGGGGCGUAUGGACUGUGUAAUGCCAAUGAUGUGUGUACUUGUAUUGAGGGUUUCACACCCAAGCAUUACACUCAAGGUUUGUUGUCAAGUGGAUGUGCUCGGCGAAGACCCCUGCAAUGCUCUGUCACAGCGGGCACCACCGACGGCCUCUUGGAAUCCAAGAAUCGGCAAUUUCCCGAAAAAGAAGCUAUCCCAUACAAGCACGAGCAAACACUGCAAGGUUGCAGAACUGGUUGUCUCAACAAUUAUUCCUGUACAGCCUUUGCUUUCUUACUUCUGGUCUACCAGUCUGUAGACUAUGGUUUGGAGAUUUAUUCAAAAUGCACGUUUCAUCUGACAGCCAAUCCAUUUUCAUCAGGCUGGCUGCUUCGGACUCCCCUGUUGGCCGGAUUUAUUCUGUGGAAACGUCAAAGAUUGCGGAAGAAAAGAGUAGAAGAGGACGUGCCAAUCAUGCUCAAAACGUUCACUUACAAGGAGCUGCGAAUUGCAACCGAGAAUUUCAAGCAUAAGCUUGGAAGCGGAGCAUUCGGUUCUGUGUUCAAAGGAACUCUGCCAGACAACACGCAUGUGGCAGUUAAGAGAUUAGAGGGUUCUGCAAGAGCAGAAAAGCAAUUCCGUGCGGGAAUAAACACCAUCGGAAAUUUCUCCCUCUUCUGUGAAGAGGGAAAGGCAGAGAGGGCGUUGGAUUGGAAGACCCGUUUUGAAAUUGCACUAGGUAUAGCACGAGGAUUAGUUUAUCUCCAUGAGGAAUGCAGGGAUUUUGGAUUGGCAAAGCUGGUGGGCAGAGAUUUCAGGUUGUACUUUCUUACCUGGACUUCAUCUCAAAUUCAAGGGGGAAACAUAAUAGGUAUUGUGUAUGCAAGGAUAGCAAGUGAGGCGAAUAUUGAAGAGGUGAGAAGAGCCGUUGUAGUUGGGGGACUGUGCAUUCAAGAAGAUGAAAAUAGGAGGCCGAGAAUGGGUGAAGUGGUGAAGAUAUUAGAAGGGACAAUGGAGCUUCCUGUGGAACAAAUCCGGCGAUCUUUAGAGGUGCUGUUCAGAGAGUUAUAA